AUGAAACGGUACAUUGAACGAGAUGACCAUUUAUUGAAAGCGCAAGCAAUAGAAGAAGGGUUUCAUAAAGAAGGAAAUUUGUAUAUUACUCGAAACGGCAUUGAUGUAUUGUGGAAUAAGUACGAUCAUGAUCAAGAUGGAUAUUUACAAAACGACGAAAUUUCGCAAUUCUUGCUAGACUUCAUACAUGCCAUCCACAAUAGAAGUGUUGAAGAGUUAGAGAAUCAAAGAAGACUUCGGAAAUUAAAAGCUGGAACAAUAGACCCCUCUCUUAGUAAACGAUAUCAGGAACGGUUUGAGCAAAUUUCAAUGCAAACAGAAUUGUUUAAAAGCAAAAUUUCGGAUUUGAAACGAGAUUUGGAUAAGGAUGGAGACGGAUUGGUGAGCGAGGAGCAAUUUAUUGAAUAUUUGGAGAAUUUUAAUUUGUUGUCAUGGAAGGAGCAAUUUAUUGGAGGUGAAAAUGUGAAAUUUGAUUUUCAAGAUGUUCCUUCAUUUUCAACCUCGCCACCAGUGCAAUCAAUACCUAAAAAAGCCACUCCUUCAUCACCACGAUUUGGCUCGUCUCCUUCCUCUCCAUCAUCAAAAUCUAAAUUGUCAUCCUCUCCAUCAUCAGGAAAGUCCACAAAUUCUAGUGUUUCUACUCAGGAAUCUUCAAGAAGAGAAGAAAAGGAAAUAGACAAGGACGGGUAUGCCGUUUAUAGAUUUGAAUUUUAUGAAAUAAGGCUACCUCCUUCUUGGAAAAAAGGUUUGGCAUAUCCAAGUGGUGUACCUAUUUUCAGUAGCCCUCUUGAAUGUGAUACUGUCAAAGAAGAUAUACUAUGUACACAGAUAUUUACAAAAAAUUCGACACUUGAAGAACAAUUUAAGAGGCUGCAAAAAGGCAGCAGCAAGGUCACAAAUUUUAAAGUGAUACAACCCAUGACAAUGAUUACUGAUAGAAAAAUACAGCCGUAUAAGCACUGUGCAUUUUGUAUUUUACAAUUCAAUCAAACCCUACCUGUAAAUAAUGUAAUGUUAAACGUGGCUCUCUACCAGAAGAUUGUAAUUAUUCAAGAUAAUAUGGGACUCAUGCAUCAACUGAAAUAUACGACUAAUUUAUUGAACAAUCACAUUGAAGGGGAGACCGUAUUUGAUAGAGCAAUCAGAGAAGGUCUCGUUACGAAAUCUCUUUUAGAAGUUGACACAAAAGAAGUGAAAUUGUCAAAAGAGCUAAUUAUGAGCUAUCCAUCCGUUAUGCACAUGGAAGUACAAGACGGCUAUGUGUUUAUGUUUCAUCCUGUCCAGAUUUUAUCAAACAACACUGAAAAGGAAAACUUUAACGCUAAGAUAUUACUUCCACUCAAUUUUGAAGAACAAGUACAAGGAGUAAUUUCUGAAAUUCUUCAAUCAUCAAAUGGAGUUUUAGUAUCAUCAGAAGAAAUACAGGUUGGUGAAUUUGGCUAUCUAGCGAAACAAUUAGAAUUUUCCUAUCAGCUGGAUUCCUUCAAAAUUGGACAGAUUUGUGUAUUUGUGAAAAGUCCAUCAUGCCAUUAUUACUUUAGUUACACUUCCUCACUUGGAAUGAUGAGCAGGGAUUUAUUUGAUCAAUUCAUUAAGAGACUUUCUUUCAGCAUUGUUGCACCCCAUCUUGUUCAGCAACAAGCAAAUUGUAUUCCCAAACAAGUGCCUAGUCAGAAACCUCCAACUACUCCCAUACUCUCUCAAGUGAUGAAUUUGUCUUCCUCUCGCAAGAAACAACAACAACAACAAUCACAAACCUCUCAAUGA